AUGAACUCAAUAUACACCAUCACCAUCAAGAACAACUCCAUGUAUCCACGGAGCUUCAUACUCUUCCAAGACAUUCCUACGCCCUCUAACAUUCCAUCACGGGAUGUUUUCACCAACGUCUACCAGCGGGCUGUGGGUAUAUCGGGCAAAGACGAAGGUGAAGCCUUGUUCGAGAUUUCUAGCGAAUGCUUUGUAGUGCACGGCACCUCGACUCGAAGCGAUAUGGGAAUGAUCACCGUUAAGACCUCCGACUAUAAGCCUGUCAAGCUGGGGCCACAGGGAUCGCGGUUCUACCUCACUAAUCGACAAUCACCCACGUUUGACAAGGAAGACGGGUCAAGUGAAGCCACAUGA